CUAAGUAGAUUUCUAUGUACAAGUCGUGACUUCCUCCAUAAUACACCUUGGUAUCUAGGUAGUUAUCAGAAUGAGAAGGGGGAAUUAUUUACUAACAACUACCGCCAAUCUAAUCAUAACCGUCUCAACCAAGUAUCUAUGUCCUAUCAACAGAGUAAUACACUCAGCAAAAAUCCAACUGUUUGCUUCGUGUCAUACUUAAGGGGAGACAUCACACAAGUGGGACGGUCGGCUCACCAAUCGGCGCCGCCCACGUUCGGGAUCGGGCACUAAUCACGGCGGCAUCACCAAACCGACCAAUACAACUCGGUGAGAUGGGAAUUGGGCAGUGGCCCCGGCCACUGGACUCGGGAGCCAGAUUCGAAUGAGACAAUGCACACGGGAUUUACACCUUACACCUACACAUGCACGCGCAACUACAUCUACACCUACAGCGGUUCCGCUCACCUCAAGACCAAUUCCACGAUAACGGAGAAGUGAUCGAUUAACUACAAAAACAUGAAAAGAAAGAGAGAGGGGGAAAAGGCAGGAUUACAAUGCGACCCUCUCACCACCAAAUCACAACCCUCCUCCUCCUCCUCCUCCUCCUCCUCCCCAUAUCCACAGCAUCAUCACCCGAAAGAACAAACAGCAUCCCAGAGAAAACACCAGACCCACCCCUCCUUCUCCCCCGACAGCAAACAAUGUCCACAGACUCACCAUGCGCCGACUCUGAGGGCCAAUGGAACUGCAUGACAAGCAGCUUCCAGCGGUGCGGCUCCGGGCGCUGGAGCGAAGUGCAACAAUGCGCCUUCGGCACGCAGUGCUCGCCUGCCGGGCUCACGUACGAGUUUCACGUCGACUAUGCGGAUGGGGCCGCGCCGCCCGGGACAUCUGGUGCGGAGCGGGAGAUGUUAGUAGAUCGAUGGGUGGUGGUGGUGAGUGGAUUACUGGGUUUAUUGGCUUUGUUCUUAUGAUAGAACUUGGCUGGGCAUGGGGUGAAUCGGCGCGGGAAAGAGGAAGGGGGGGGAUCGGUGAGUGAGUAAGGUGAGCUUUGGUGUUGCGGUGUAACUAAUUAAUUUCCUGGUUGAGAUGCGAUGAUUAUUGAUACCCGGGGAAAUACUAUGAGCGAAUCCAUUCUACAGGUUGAAGAUAGAUACCGAGGGCAACGUUGUUCGUCAAGCACUUAUGAUAGAGAGCAGACGCAGCUUUGACAGCCUACCCACCUAGGUUAGGUACUCAGCCAAAGACACACGAAUUAC